AUGGCCGAAUAUUCGAUUCGUGAGCGCAUCAUCCCAUGGGAGGGUCUCGCUCGUUCGGGCACGAUUAGCGAGGACGACGCCUCCAAUAUCAAGCUUUUGGAGAAAAGCCAAGGCGACCAGCGUGCCCAAGUGGUCACUAGUCAAUUAGACGGUUACGUCCACACUUUACUCGAUGUGUUGAAUAAAGUUGCCGACCUGGGGAAGACCGACGUCCAAAAGAACGUGUUGACGGUAAUCAACGACUUGUUGUUGUCAAGUGCAGACUUCUUGAAUGCUACGGUGAAAUCUCAGGAUCCUUAUUCUCUGUUCAUCAAAGUUCUUAAGGGGAAGAACGACCCUGCAGUGGAUGUGCUUGCCUUGUACGACUUGACGAUUUUGAUGAGCAAGGCUGCCAAAUCUGGCAACAACGAACCUUCUAAUGACUUUUUGGUUACUGUGUUCGAUCGUCUUAGCCAGUUCAUCGGCUCGAAAGACGCCAACUACCAAUCACUUGCAGUUCAAUUGUUGCAAGAAUUGCUCAUCACUAAAUCGUACAAGCAAGUGUACGCUGACAAUCAUAUGGUGCAAAACUAUAAACCACUUGAUGAUUUGAUCGCUCAGCUGGCAAAGCAGGCGGUCGGGUUGCAAUUGCUGUACAACGUGCUUGUCACCACGUGGGUGUUGUCGUUUUCGGCAUCCAUCAACAAGGUGUUGGUGCGUAACUAUCCAGACUUGAUUGGACUGUUGUUACAAAUCGCGAAAGAUCUGAUUAAACUUAAGAUUGUCAGAAUCUCGGUGGCUAUCUUACGUAACUUUGUUGAGAUCGCCGAAUCCGCUGACAGUCAGUUCCAAAUCAUCAAAUUGUUGAUGUUUAACGAUGCCCUACUGACGCUUAAAGUGUUGCGUGAACGUAAGUUUGCCGCCAACUCGAGUGAUGAAGAAUUGGCCAGUGACUUGGCCUAUUUGAGCGAGAAACUAGAAGAGAUCGUCCAAACCAAAUUAACUUCGCUAGACGAAUAUUUGACUGAAUUGGAAAACCCCAAUUUGUUGUCAUGGGCACUGCCAACGCACAAGUCGCAAGAUUUCUGGAUGGAAAAUGCUGGCAAGUUCAAGGAUAACAACUACAAACUUGUCAAUCGCGUAUUUGAUCUCUUAGCUGACUCCAAGGUGCUGACAUCCGGUAAAGUGAUUCUUUUGAAUGAUGUCCAACAUCUCAUUAAGAACUUGGGCAGUGACUUGAUAACAUACAUCAACACCAAAAACGGUGGUCGUGACAAGUUGUUGGUGAUGAACUUGUUGGAAAAUAGCAAUGGCGAUAAUGAACUCAAGUACCAGGCAUUGAAGACGAUUCAAAUGCUUGUGGGACACGACUUCUAG